GCAGUAUGCAUUCUUUUCUAUUGUUUCAAUAGUGGUAUAAACGUCUACGUUAGAACGUGUUAUGCGAAAUGUAAAGAUAGCGAGCGUAAAUUACGCCCAAUUCUCUGGAUUUAAACGGAACGAUCAUGGCGGUUUUACAGUAUUUUCUGAUAAGUGUGACCUGGCUGGGAUUCGUUUUAGGAGGAGGAGCAGAGCGAUUCGACUGUUACGUGUGUUCGUACACUCUCUCAAGUGAUCCAAGCAUCACUUACGAGUGUGUUAACGCAACCAUACCAACUCCAGCGAAAGUAUCCUGUACAGCGCCAUACAUGUGCAUCACCAAGGCAGUAUUUAAUUCAGACAGGACGCAGGUGCGGUCCGUGGAUCGCAACUGCCUUCCCCCGGCCGACUUCUGCUCCGGGGAGACGUGCUGCGACACGAACGGCGUCUAUCCGUCAUGCAGACACAUAUGUAGGGCGGACAUGUGCAAUAACCGUACAGCGGAAACUUGGUUGAGACCAAAACCAGGGCCGUUCGAUGGCGGGAAGGGCAGUGCUACAUCGCAGUUCACGAAACUGCAUAUUGUUUUUAUUCACUUGAGUGUAUUCGUUGUAGCAUUGUUGUUGUUGUAAAUGAGAACUGUUAUUUAUACUUGAGAUAUCUGGAAAACCCCAUCAUUUUUUAAAAUUUAAAUUAACAUGUGAUCGCGAAGUAACGAUCUUAUACUGUAAUAAAUCCAAGUUUCGGGCACUUAAGGAUAUUUUUUUUCGUCUCCA